AUGGCGGUUGAUCCUGCUGGGUCGGAAUGGCCCGUCAAAGAUAUUGUGUAUACCGCCAUCAUUGGAGUGGUCAUGAUUAUGGCGCUGCUAGAAUGGUUUCUCUGGCUCGCUGCGUUUCUGUAUUGCUUGUACAAGGCAUUUCGAAAGGCUGAACACUGGUCUAUCAACGUCCUCUGUGUCGUUGUCGGCAUAGCAUUUGUAGCCUUCAGGGCCAUCUUCCUGCCAAUCAUGAUUGUAACGCUGCCACUGCCAAGCCAAAUCUCCAAGCACUGGCCAGAGGAUGUCGUCUCAGUUCUCCAGUGGUUUGCUUUUUGGAGCUUUUCGAUUCUCCUGACGGUGCCCUGGCUUUUCUGCGUCUACCAACUCGUUACCAAUCAACUUGGACGUACGAAGCGCAUGAAGCAGGUGCUUGACGACGUUACCGCCCCCAAAGUUGUGAUUGUUAUGCCAUGCUACAAGGAAGAGCCUGAUGUGCUAAUCACGGCUAUCAACUCGGUUGUCGACUGCGAUUAUCCCGCUGCUUGCAUCCACGUUUUCCUCUCGUUUGAUGGAGACCAGGAAGAUGAGCUCUAUCUCAACACAAUUGAGAAGCUGGGCGUUCCCCUGACCAUGGAGUCGUACCCGACAAGCAUCGACGUCACGUACAAGGAAGCCCGCAUCACCAUAUCGCGGUUCCCUCAUGGUGGCAAGAGACACUGCCAGAAGUCGACGUUCAAGCUCAUUGACCGAGUGUACGAGCAAUACCUCAAGAUGAACGACAAUCUCUUCAUCCUCUUCAUCGAUUCGGACUGCAUACUGGACAAAGUGUGCCUGCAGAACUUUGUAUAUGACAUGGAGCUAAGUCCCGGCAAUUCUAGAAACAUGCUGGCAAUGACUGGCGUCAUCACGUCGACCACGCGGAAGCACAGCAUCAUCACGCUGCUCCAGGACAUCGAAUACAUCCACGGCCAGCUGUUCGAACGCACGGUGGAAUCUGGCUGCGGAUCGGUGACGUGCCUGCCGGGGGCCCUGACCAUGCUUCGCUUUUCAGCAUUCAGGAGGAUGGCCAAGUAUUAUUUCGCCGACAAGGCGGAGCAGUGCGAGGACCUGUUCGACUUUGCAAAGUGCCACCUGGGGGAGGAUCGAUGGCUCACCCACCUCUUCAUGAUUGGCGCAAAGCAGCGCUAUCAGAUCCAGAUGUGCACGUCGGCAUUCUGCAAAACCGAAGCUGUGCAGACCUACCGCUCCCUUAUUAAGCAGCGGAGGCGAUGGUUUCUCGGCUUCAUCACCAACGAGGUGUGUAUGCUGACAGACUGGCGACUGUGGAAACGGUAUCCCCUGCUGGUCAUUGUCCGCUUCAUGCAGAACACGAUCCGAACGACUGCGCUCCUCUUCUUCAUCAUGGUCCUGGCCUUGAUCUCGACGGUUGCAAAGGUCAAAGACCUGCCGGUUGGGUUCAUCGGGGUGUCGCUUGGGCUGAACUGGCUGCUCAUGAUCUACUUUGGGGCUAAGCUCCGACGGUUCAAGAUAUGGCUCUACCCGCUGAUGUUUGUCCUGAAUCCCUUCUUCAACUGGUACUACAUGGUGUACGGCAUAUUCACCGCCGGCCAGAGGACCUGGGGCGGGCCGAGGGCAGACGCUGCCGCUGCCGAUACCAACACAACCGCACGGGAAGCAGUUGAGAAGGCCGAGAGGCAGGGAGACGAACUCAACGUGGUUCCCGAGAGCUUUAUUCCUGCCCAAGAGGCACGGAGGGCAGCCUCGGCCAAGGGCAUGUCUCAGGGCUCGGGGCUCGGUCAUAAGAGGAGCGUUGUCAGACCCCCUGAUGGCAUUGACGGCCUGUUCUCAGCUCGGCGGAAGACAGCAGCCGGACUCUAUACGCAUUACGACGAUUCAGACGGCGGUAUCGAAACGCCACCCAUCUCAUCCACUACUCCGUCCUCUUCGCGAGACGCACUGCAGAGGGGCUCUUUUGAAGGCUUCGUGCUCAACGGACCCGAGGCCAUUGUUUCCGUGGAUCAGUUCAUGGGAGAGGAAGAUCGCAGAAAGUAUGCCAUAGCCCAACGGGCGCAGUUCCAGCGAGGCACCGGAACGAGCAAAGAAUCGACAGACGUUGAGCUCAUUGAUCUGUCGUCGGAUCCGUAA